AUGGGUCAUCGAAGAUUCCUACCUAAAGAACACGAGUUUCGGAAGAAUAGACGACUCUUCGAUGGCACAGUUGAGUUUGGAGAAGCACCGCAACAACUAUCUGGCGAUAUGGUGAUGGAUGACUUGAGAGACUUUACUAAGAAAUAUGGUAAGCUAGUUAAAGAUAAUACAAAGCUUUUCAAUUGGAAAAAAAAGAGUAUAUUUUUUGAGUUGCCAUACUGGAAAGAUAAUAUGGUUCGUCAUAAUCUCGAUGUCAUGCAUACUGAAAAAAAUGUCUGCGAGAGCAUCUGUGCCACAUUGUUGGAUUUGGAUGGUAAAUCAAAAGAUAAUUAUAAAUCACGCCAAGACUUGGAACAGAUGGGAAUAAGACCUGAACUUCAUCCAAUUACUAAUGAACGGGGAAAAGUUUAUUUACCGGCAGCAGCUUAUACGAUGAGCAAGAAGGAGAGAACAAUAUUUUGUCAGGUCUUGAAAAAUCUCAAAGUUCCUGAUGGUUAUGCCUCAAACAUCUCAAUGUGUGUUCAGUUAAAACCACCAAAAUUGCUAGGCUUGAAAAGUCAUGACUAUCAUAUUAUGAUGCAACAAUUAUUACCUAUAGCAUUGCGAAAAACACUCUCUAGGACAGUACGUUCACCUUUGAUACAGCUUAGUAAGUACUUUCGAGAACUAUGUUGUAAAGUAAUUUGUCCUGCUGAUAUCAUUCGUUUAGAGAAAGAUAUUGUUGUGGUACUUUGCCAAUUGGAGAAGAUAUUUCCACCAUCAUUCUUCGAUGUAAUGGUGCAUUUGAGUGUACAUUUGGCUACAGAAGUGAAGCUAUGUGGGCCGGUUCACUACCGUUGGAUGUAUCCAAUAGAGAGAUAUUUGGGCACAUUGAAAUCAUAUGUUCGUAAUCGAAGUAAACCUGAAGGUUCGAUUGCUGAAGGAUAUCUAGCAGAAGAAUGUUUGAGAUUUUGCUCUUUGUAUUUAGCUGACUAUGUGGAGUCAAAGUUUAAUCGAGCAUCUAGGAAUGAAACUGUUACAGAUAAUACAAAAAUAGGAUUAGAUGUAUUUACGAUUAACGGUCGUUCUCUUGGAAAAGGAACUGCAAUGAGAUUAGAUGACGUAACAUUGAAGAAAGCUCAUCAAUAUGUAUUGUUCAACUGUGAGGCUGUCAGACCAUACAUUGAGCAAUAUUGGGAAGUAGUUGAACAAUCUCAUCCUCACGUUGCACGUCAUCAGUUGGAACGUAUCCACAGUGAAAGGUUUGCUGGUUGGUUUGCUCAAUAUGUUGAAGGGUUAACUGUCUAUGAGGAAAAUCCAACAUUAAGAGCUCUGAAGUUACUUGCUCGCGGGCCUAAUAUAAUUGGAGUGAAAUAUAAAAAGUAUAUUGUAAAUGGUUUUCGGUUCCACACGAAAGAUUUGGAGUGUACAAAGAAAACACAAAAUAGUGGGGUGCGUGUUAAAGCUACAACGUCAAGUUUUUCAAGUACUAGGGAUCAAAAUCCAAUCUUAAGCGAGUUGGACUAUUAUGGAAUUCUAACCGAUGUCGUUGAGCUGGAUUACAAUUGUGGACAUAGAGUUGUGUUAUUUGAUUGUGAAUGGGUGUCAAAAGGAAAACGAUUGAAGACAGAUGCUGAUGGAUUUACAUUAGCUAAUUUUUCAAAUGUGAUACGCCAUUAUGAACCAUUUAUUCUUGCAUCUCAAGCUGAGCAAGUCUUCUAUGUAGAGGAUCCAACUGAAUCACAAUGGAGCGUAGUUGUCUCUGCUGCAGCACGAGCUCAUUAUGGCAUGGAACCUAUUAUCGAUUAUAGAGUUGGAUGA